AUUUCAUCCAAACUACAUACAACACUCAAAACUUCCAUCAAAGCAUUAGCUUCUCUCUAUAGCCUUCAAAAAGAUUUACUAAGUACCUAAAAGAAAAGAAAAAUGUCUUUUUCUGUCAGUUGGAAAUCGAACCAUUUCAUUUUAGAACUUUUUCUAUUGAUUUCUUUCUUUAAUGUGUGUUUUGCUUCAAGAAAGCUUACUGCUUUAGUCCAAGACCCACAAAAUCAACUAUUGCAGUACCACAAAGGUGCACUUCUUUCCGGUAAAAUCUCUGUCAAUUUAAUUUGGUAUGGUAAAUUCAAGCCAUCCCAAAGAGCAAUAGUCUCUGAUUUCAUCACUUCCCUUUCUACUUCAACUCCAUCUAAAACCGAUCCAUCAGUAGCCAAAUGGUGGAAGACCACUGGAAAAUACUAUCAUCUCGCCAAUUCCAAAAAAUCCCUUUCCCUCUAUUUGGGCAAACAAGUGCUAAUUGAAAAUUAUUCCCUAGGAAAAUCACUGACCCAGAAACAAAUUGUCCAAUUGGCAUCAAAGGGUGAACAAAAAGAUGCCAUUAACAUUGUUUUGACCGCCUCUGAUGUUGCAGUCGAUGGGUUCUGUGUCAAUCGCUGUGGAACCCAUGGGUCUUCUAAAGGUUCUAUUAUUAGGGGCAAGACUUACAAAUUUGCUUAUAUUUGGGUUGGUAAUUCAGAGACACAAUGUCCUGGCUAUUGUGCCUGGCCAUUCCACCAGCCAAUCUACGGACCACAGAGCCCACCACUGGGUGCACCGAACAACGAUGUGGGUAUUGACGGAAUGGUGAUUAACUUGGCUAGCUUAUUGGCUGGAACCGCGACGAACCCAUUUGGAAAUGGUUAUUACCAGGGAGAGGCAGAUGCACCACUGGAAGCUGCUUCUGCUUGUCCUGGUGUCUAUGCCAAAGGUGCUUACCCUGGCUAUGCUGGAGAUUUGUUGGUGGACAAAACUACAGGUGCAAGCUACAAUGCACACGGUACAAAUGGAAGGAAAUACUUGCUUCCUGCUUUAUACGAUCCUACUACAUCUACAUGUUCAACUUUGGUCUAGAAAAUCGAUCGCUGUAGACUAGAGGGUUACUAUUGGACACGAAGCUAAUCUAGUGUAGUGAAUACUGUAAUUUUUGAUUCAUUCAUUUGUUUGAGGCUUAAAAUUUAAAAUGUUAUAUCAAUAUCAUACAUAAUUAAAUUCUAUAUGA